CGUUCGAAUCUGCUGCAUUUCAGAGAAACAUGGUGACGAAUUAGUUCGAUGUGUAAGCGAAACAGAAAUCGAUAGGAAGACGUUAUCAGAGAGAGCGGCUUUGCUCAAGAUCACGAUUUCUGCUGUACUAAAAGCAGCUGAAGAGUUCAUCGAACUCUCUGAUCGUGGUUCUCGACGAAUGGGUAAAGUUGUUAUCACAGAACAAAAGGAAAAAGUUAUGUUGCAGGAACAGCUAGAAACGCUGGCAAAGCAACAUUCAAGCCUAGAAAGGGCUGCAACUUUAACGGACACAACGUUUAAACCUCCAUUAUCCGCAUAUAGCGACGAUAUGGAAGAUGAAUUCCAUGAUGCUGCGGAAGAGUUGAGCCUUUCUGGAUCAAGUUCUUACUCAUGGACUCGUUUCUAUAAGAAUUAUGUCCUGCGCGGCUGA